UUUAGCAGGAUAGUAAUUACGGAGUAGUUUCUUUGGCAUUCUUACAAGCGACAGACAGUAGGCAGUCUUCAGGAGUGUUGUUCAGAUAACCUCUAUACGGCUUUGUUAUGGGCACGACGGCGAGGCCACCGCCGCCGCAGCAGCAGCCAGAGCCGGCGUCCGUGGCGGCGGCGAGGAAGCUGCACCACCUCCUCCGCUCCCGCGACCUGCGCCCGGCGCUCGCCUACCUCGCCUCCCUCCCUUCCCCGCUCACCCUCCUCCCCAACCACGCCCUCAACGCGCUCCUCCGCGCGCUCGCCGCCGCCGGCCGCGUCCGCGCCGCCACCGACCUCUUCCGCCGCAUCCCGACCCCCACCCCUCACUCCUUCAACUCCCUACUCUCCGCACUCCUCCGCCGGGGCCGUCUCCGCGCCGCCAACGCGCUCCUCGCCGCCUUCCUCCGCUCGCGCACGGCCUCCCCCGACGCCGCCACCCUCAACACCCUCCUCCACGGCCUCUCCGCCGCAGCCCCGCGCGCGUCGCCUCCGGCGCUCGUCAACCUCUUCCGCUUCCUCCCGGAGACCUACGCCUUCGCCCCCGACGCCGUCUCCUACAACUCGCUGCUCUGCGCGCUCUGCCGCGCCGGCGACCUGCCCGCCGCGCGCAAGCUGUUCGACGUAAUGCGUGUGCGCGCGACCGGGGGGAACGGUUCCGUGCCUCCUGAUGUCGUCACCUACACGACCAUGAUCAGGGCGUACUGCGCGAGGAGGCUGGCGGACGAGGCGCUCGCGGUGUUCAGGAUGAUGGCAGCGGAUGGCGUCCCGCCGAACAGGAUCACAUAUAACACGAUGGUGCAGGGGUUCUGUGAGGUUGGUAGGGUGGACCUGGUGAAGGGAUUGCUGGAGACAGACUCUUUUAAGCCAGACACGUGCACAUUCAACACGCUGAUGGCCACGCAUUGUAGGGAAGGGCAGGUCAAGGAGGCCAUGGAGGUGUUCGGCCAAAUGGUGGAGCUCCGUGUAAGCCGUGACUCUGCAAGUUAUAGCACGGUGAUCCGGGGACUGUGCGAGAACGGGGAGUUUGUGCGGGCUGAGGAGCUUGUGGAUGAGCUUGUGGAGAAAGAGGUGCUCAAAAAGCGAGGGGGUUGUGUGCCGCUCAUUGCGGCAUACAACCCCGUUUUUGUGUAUUUAUGUGAAAAUGGGAAGGCAAAUAAGGCAAGGGUUCUGUUUGGGCAGCUAUUGGAUCAGAGGAGCAAGGUCGACUUUGCUGCAUUCAAGACAUUGAUUCUAGGGCACUGCAAGGAGGGAGAUUUCGAAGAAGGGUACCAGCUGGUGCUCUCAAUGUUGAAGAGGGAUCUUGUGCCUGAUGAUGAAUGCUACAUUGCCGUCGUAGAUGGAUUUUCGCGGAGAGGAAGGAUGAAGAUUGCAUGGGAGGCCCUACACAGGAUGCUGGACAGUGGUCUCCGGCCUAGCACAAGCACGUUCCACUCGGUUCUUUUGGGGCUUUUGAAGAAAGAUGGCUGUGCAAAAGAAGCUGCGGAUUUGAUUGAGAUAAUGCUAGAGAGAAACAUCCGCCAGAAUUUGGAUCUUUCGACCAAUAUGAUCGACUCAUUGUUAAAAAGCAACCUAAAUGAACGUGCUUACAGAAUUAUUACAUCUCUAUAUGACCAUGGCUAUUACAUCAAGAUGGAAACCUUAAUCGAGAGCCUCUGCGAGGAAAAGAAGUUUAUAGAGGCAGCGGAACUUACUUUGUUUAGCUUGCAGAAGCAUCAUGAGUUAGGUGUGGCAGUAUGCAGUAUGGUUCUGGAUGGCCUUUGCACUGCUGGUAGAGCUUCAGAUGCAUUCCGGCUUUUCUACGAACUCAUCGAGAACAGAGGCACUUCUGCUGCUGUGGCACCUUCCAGUUUGGUUGCACUUUAUCAUGCUCUCAAGGAAGAUGGAAAAAUGAAAGAAGCUGAUUUUAUCGCUAAACAGAUGAGGCGUGCAGCUGCCAGAAUUAAGGAAAGGAUCUAAGUUUUUCCAGGGACCAAUUCAAACUUUGUGCUGCUCCAUACACUAAGUACACCGUUUACACUAGGUAUUGUGGCCUUGAAGAGAGGGCAGAAUACGGAAACUGUAUCUCAAAAACGGUGGUUUGAUUAACUGCAUGUUGAGAAAUGAACUGAAGGAAGGUUACAUGCUGUAAGAAUGCAGAUCAAAUCAAAUUAUAUUUGUUAACCAUCCUUGAACGGUUCGAUUGGGCCAUUGGAUUGGCAGACCUUGAGACGACAAGAACCAUCUGCAGGACUGCCACAUUACAAUCUUGCCGGGAUCUAGAGCAUUUCUUCUCAAGGGCUGGCCAUUUUUGAGAGGAAAUGAAGUGAUAAAAAACAAGACACUGCUCCAAAGAUUUUGCAAGGGAGAGCUGUGGGAGAUCAAACUUCAAAGUGUGCGUCUGCACUGCAGCAUAAUUCAUCCAAGGAGAAGGUUUCCUAAAAAAACUGAGAAGGUAAUACGAGAUAGUGAAUCAGUCAUUACGGAAUUCUGCUCACACAAGUAAAGAGCGCUAAACCUGGAGUGAAAGUUAUUCCAUCGCCAAACAGCCUUCGUAUUCUUGCUCUGAAGAUCCAUUAUGCAAGAAACUCAAGAUUAUUGUGAUCCCGUUUCAAGAAUAGAUUGCACGCUCAGCUGCUCAAAUCCAGUUUGUUUGGUAAAUUUGGUGUUAGGCGUUACUGAUGAAGAUUGCUCACAAGUAUCAGCAAUACAUCGAAUCUGAAAUAUCACUGCCCUGAUCGUGUUACAUGGACCACUACUGGUUGUACCAAAUUUUGGCCAUCAUAGGCAAGUGAAUUUAUAUUUCGUGUUCAAUCAGAUACGUCAUUGUAAUGGACCAUCAAAACAAGGACAGUUCAUUUCGAACCCUACUCAUACUUGGCUAAAUUCCGUCUCAAA